AUAGGAUAUAGAUAGCCGCCAUUGAUGUUUUUUUCUAUGUUGCUUCAAAUUAUUUAAUAGGAAGCUUAUUAUGCAGCUUGUCCCAUUUCUAGUGAAGUGAAAUUGAACUUGGUAGUAGAAGGAUACAAAAAAAAAAUGAAGAACAGCCGCCAUUGAUGUUUUUUUUUGGGAGAUUAAUUCUAGAAGAACAAAUUGAAAGAAUAAUUUGAAGCAGUAAUGGCGCUGCCUAUGGGUAAGAAAUUGGAGAAAAGGCUAUGAGCAGUUAGGUAUAAAAGUGACAUUUUCUUUGUUUUGACAAUGUCGAUUUCUAGGUUAAGAUGCGUUUUCGUUCCCAAUUUUUCUCAUUUUCAAUGUCAAAGUCCCAUUUUCCUUCGUCGUUUUCUCUCUUCUAACUCGAUGCUAUUCGACCAAGACAAUCUCGUUUCCUCAUUCAAUCACUUGCUCCAUCAGAAUCCUACACCAACCAUCUUUCAAUUUGGCAACAUUUUAGGUUCCCUUGUCAAGGCCAACCAUUACUCCACUGUUAUUUCACUUCAUCGACAAUUGGAAUUAAGCACACGAAUUGAAUCAAACUUAGUCACUUUGAGCAUUUUGAUUAAUUGCUUUUGUCAAUUGGGUUAUAACUCUCUUUCCUUUUCUGUAUUUGCAAACAUUCUCAAAAAGGGUUACCAGCCAAAUGUCAUAACUCUGACUACACUCAUCAAGGGACACUGUCUCAAAGGUGAGGUCCAUAAAGCAUUGCAAUUUCAUGAUAAGAUGGUAGCGCAGGGGUUUCACUUUAAUCAAGUUUGUUAUGGCACCUUGAUCAAUGGGUUAUGCAAAGUUGGAGAAACAGCAGCAGCCCUGCAAUUUCUCAGACAAGUGGAUGUGAAAUUGGUUCAGCCUAAUUCGGUAAUGUACAACACUAUUAUUGAUAGCUUGUGCAAAGAUAAACUUGUUAAUGAUGCUUUUGAUUUAUGUUCUGAAAUGCUUGCUAACAGAAUCUCUCCUGAUGUUUCCACUUAUAACUCGUUAAUUUAUGGCCUUUCCAUUGUGGGUGAAUUGAAAGAUGCAAUUGGUUUGUUCAAUAAAAUGACAUUGGAAAACAUCAUCCCAAAUGCCUAUACCUUUAAUCUAUUAGUUGAUGCUUUUUGUAAGGAAGGAAAGGUGAAAGAAGCUAAAAAUGUGUUUGCUGUGAUGAUAAAAAAAGGUGUAAAACCUGAUGUUAUUACUUAUAGCUCUUUAAUGGAUGGAUAUUGUAUGGUUAAAGAAGUGGACAAGGCCAAGGAUAUAUUCAAUGCUAUGGCCCAGAGGAAAGUGACUGCUAAUGUUCAUAGCUACAGUAUCAUGAUUAAUGGAUUAUGGAGAAUCUCAUAUGCUUUGGAGCUUGUCGAUGAGAUGUGUGUUAGAGGUCAGCCACCUAAUAUAAUUACGUACAGUUCUAUAUUGUAUGCUUUAUGCAAAAACCAUCAAGUUGAUAAGGCAAUUGCAUUAUUCAAAGAAUUUAAAGACAAAGGUAUUCAACCUAAUGUGUACACAUACACUAUUCUUAUCAAUGGAUUGUGUAAAGGUGGAAGACUAAAGGAUGCACGAAAGGUUUUCGAUGAACUUUUGGUCAAAGGCUACAAUCUUGAUGUCUAUAUAUAUACUGUUAUGAUCCGUGGAUUUUGUAACAGUGGUUUGUUUGAUGAAGCAUUGACCAUGCUGUCCAAAAUGAAAGACAAUGGUUGCAUUCCAAAUGCUCAAACUUAUGAAAUCAUUAUUAUUUCCCUAUUUGAAAAUGAUGAAAAUGGUAAAGCAGAGAAACUUCUUCGUGAAAUGAUUGCGAAAGGUCUACUAUAAAAUCGAAAAUAGGAAAGAUGCUUAUUUAGGCCUUCAUGCAAGAUGUUUGGUUUUAAGGUAUUGCUCUUAUCUUUUGAAUGUCAUUGCUAUAAUGUAAUCACAAUAGUUUCAUUGAUACAAUGUCCUGCUAAAUUUGUUUCCACCAAAAACUUUACCAUCAGCCUAAAGUAGUACUACAAUUUACAGUUCCUAUUUUACAGAUCUGUUGAUCUCUUAAUGGGUACAUGUUCAAAUGCACAUCAUUAUCAUUCACAGUUUAGAAAAUGUUGAAAAUGUAAUUGGGAUCAUGGAUUCAUGUUUGCUUAUUUAGGCCUAAACGCAUGGCCCAUGAUAUUUAGGUGAAAUGGUUGGUUAGAGAAGUAGAACAUUGUGAGUUCUGAUUUCAGUUUUAGAUUUGGAAGUCAGGGUCUCAUUUCCUUUGGUUUUGAUCUGUUUCUGUUGUCUUUUUAAUGUUAUUGGUGUUUUGAAAUUACAGUACUUUCACUAGUAAAAUGUCCCUUUGAAUUUGUUUCCACCAAAAUACAUGUAGCAGCUGGGCUGUUUAUAUCUAUCUAUUUGGAAUCCUAACAAAUGCAAAUGUAGAUUUAGGACACAUGAUUUAUUUUGGCAACAAAAAUGCAGUAAGGUACUGCUAACUAGUAACUACUACUAUUAGGAGUUUAGGACAAGGAAGUUAUAUACAAUACACACUAUGACAAACUAUACUACAAAAUUCUUAACAACUAAUAAUAAUUCGAUUUUGGAUCUUCAUAUUUAGUAGCAAGUGAGAAUAUCACUCCGUUUCUUGCAAUUGUGUAUUACAAAAAUAAACUUCUUUCAUAUUUUGUCUAGUACCUGAUAACAUUUAUGUCAAAACCCGAAUUUUGAGUUGGCUCAUAUUCAGGUUGGUUGGAUUCGCGGGUAAACUGGUAUAGGUUGGUUGGGUUCACAAAUAACUUAAAUAUUUUAAUGACUUAAAAUGUCAUCACUUUGAUUUACUAAUUACUUUUUAAAUAAUGUUAUCAAUUGAAUGCUCAAGUAUGAUACAUGUUAUCAAACUAGUAUAUAUAGAAGUGUCCUCAAAAUUGUACCCGGAACUUUGUUUUCUUUUUAUAUGAUCUACUUGAUAUGUAGUUUCUUUUUCAAACAUAAGACAUCCUCCAAAUGGAUAUUCUUAUUACUGCACCCAGCAGUGUGAAUGAAGUAUUUGUAGUAGUUUCACGAUAUAUUGGCACCAGUAACAACUAACAACCACAUUUUACACUUACUGUAAUAUUCCAAAUUCAAAAGUGAAAGUUUGUAAAUAACACUUUGAACCUUGGUCUUUAUAAUUGAAUUUAUGUUUUUUCCACUGCCACAUUUUUAACUUACUGCUAACCAGUAUAAUAUCGGAUAAUAUAUGGUCUGAACAUGUGUUUCUAAGUGGGGGCAGUCCUCACUCUACCAACCGGUUUUGUAGGGUUGAAUUAUUUUUCCUCUCAAUUAUUUUGUACAACCUUGUCUACUCUAUAUUUGUUUGUUAUAUUUUUAUUACUAGUUUAAUAUACAUCUAGUUACGAGAUAAUCUUUUGACAUUUUCUUAUAAAUAGAAUACACCCCUCAGAAAUUUCCACUUUGUUAUGGUUUCUAUGAGAUAAAUGUUGAUCUUCCCUAUUUUUUUAUUACGGUGAAUGCGUGAGAACUCCCACUUGUGU